CAGACGGUGUGCUCCUUUCAUGCUUUAAUUGGAUUGUACAGUGAUACAGCGCUACCGGUCUCUAUCAAUUUACUACUAUACAAUAGAUAUCCCUGUCUACGCCAGAUCGACGGUCUAACUCCAGUGUACACACUACUUUACUCGGUGCUACGAUGCCCCCCAACACUGGGAGAGGGAAUGGCAACCUUGAUGAUGAUGAUUACGUUGCGCAAGUUCUCACAAAUGAAGCGCGCGACAGUUCUCUGAAGUACUCUGCCCUGGGAAUGGGGGCUUAUAUGCCGAAGAGACCUACAGGUGCUGCUCCUAAACCGAAUACGCGAUUCCUGCGACACAUUAUAAAAGAGACAGACAAUCACAAUUCCGCAUUAAAGCGAAAGGAAGAGAGGGAAGCUAGAGAGCGAAUGCGGCAGCUACGGAACCAACCUACCUCUUCAUCAAACGAUUCUAGAAAAGACUCCCAUAGCCGCCAACCGCGACCAGACGAUCGCAAGUCGCACAGGGACAGAAGGGAAGACCGUGAAGAUAGGCAUAGCUCCUAUCGAAGAAGACAUAGAAGCCGUUCGGCUUCGGCGGACAGAGAUCGCUCCCAUCGACACCGGCGGAGGCGUGAUUCCUACGGCGAGGAUGAAGAUCGACACAGAUCUUCUCGAAGAAGUCGUCGGCAUCGGUCCUAUUCCAGGUCGCGCAGUCGAUCUCCGCGAGAAGAUCGAGAAACGAAGUCUCGCAGUCGCCAUCAUCGACAAAGGAGGCGCUCUAGGUCACCUUCAAGGUCUCGUUCUCGAUCAGUUGAAGUGAACAGUCGGCGCAGACACAUAGAUCGUGAGCAUACACGUGUACGCAAUUCUCGCGAGCAAGGUUCCCCAGAGAUGAGCUCUACAAGCAAAACCAAGGCGGCAUCGCCCUCGUGCCCGGUGGCUGCCCAAGAUCAACAGCCAGGAUAUGAAUCGGACCCUCUUGAGGAUCUUGUUGGGCCCCUACCUCCCCAGGCAAAUCACUCUACUGAUGCUGCGCCGGUUCGUUCUCGAGGACGGGGUGCCUACAGGCCUAAUAUGAGCAACAUUGACGCGCAUUUCGCCCCAGACUACGAUCCUACUUUGGAUGUACAGCUAGAAGAUGACGAUGAGAUUGCGGGUAGCAAGCCCAGCCGCCGCCCGGUAGCCGGCCUCAUGACCGGAGACGAUGAUUGGGAACUCGCCCUCGAAGCAGUCCGUGACCGAGCCCGUUGGAAGCAAAGAGGCGAGGAGAGACUGCGAGAAGCUGGUUUCGACGAUGCUUUUGUGAAGCAGUGGAAAAGCAACACUACAUCUACCGCCGGGGAUUCUGAGGGAAGGUUAGAGGACGUGAAGUGGUCCAAGAAAGGCGAAGGUCGAGAAUGGGAUCGCGGAAAGUAUGUCAACGAGGAUGGGCAUAUUGAUGUUAAGGCUUCUUGGUAGUGAGAUCCAUGAGUGUAAACUGGGUUUGGCGUUUGGGGGCUGGGAUAAUUACCACUUCGGGCUCUAUUAUUUGUUUAGUAAAUACUUCUAUACAUCCAGUAUCCUAUCAUGAAUUACGAUGAGAUGAA